AUGUCGUCCGUCGUCGGUAUCGACGUGGGCAAUGCCUCGUCCAAGAUCGGCGUUGCCCGUGCUCGUGGUGUCGAUGUGAUCGCCAACGAGGUUUCCAACCGUGCCACUCCUUCCCUCGUCUCUUUCGGUCAAAAGGCAAGAGCUCUUGGUGAGGCUGCUGCCACCGCUCAGACUUCCAACUUCAAAAACACCAUCGGCUCCCUCAAGCGUCUCGUAGGUCGCACCUUCCAGGACCCUGAGGUUCAGAAGGUCGAGAAGAACUUCAUCAAUGCCGAACUUGUUGAUGCCAAGGGUGAGGUCGGUGUCAAGGUUCGUCUUGCCGGCGACGAGCAGGUCUUCUCCGCUACUCAGCUUCUGGCCAUGUACCUCGUCAAGCUCCGUGACACUACCUCCAAGGAACUCGGUGGUGCCGGUGUCAGCGAUGUCGUCCUCUCCACUCCUCUCUGGUUCACUGAUGCUCAGCGACGUGCCUACCUCGACGCCGCCGAGAUUGCCGGCUUGAACCCUCUCCGUCUCCUCAACGACACCACCGCCACUGCUCUCGGUUACGGUAUCACCAAGACCGACUUGCCCGACGCCGACAACCCGCGCAACGUCGUCUUCUGCGACAUUGGUCACUCUUCCUACCAAGUCGCUCUUGUCUCGUUCAGCAAGGGUCAACUUACCGUUCUUGGCACCGCUGCCGACCGCAACUUUGGCGGCCGUGACUUUGACCGUGCCUUGCUCCUCCACUUUGCCAACGAGUUCAAGGGCAAGUACAAGAUCGAUGUUCUCUCCAGCCCCAAGGCCACCUUCCGUCUCGCUGCUGGUUGCGAGCGCUUGAAGAAGGUCCUUUCCGCCAACGCCCUUGCCCCUCUCAACGUCGAGAACUUGAUGGAGGACAUUGACGCCAGCUCCCAGCUCAAGCGUGACGAGUUUGAGCAGCUCAUUGCUCCCCUCCUUGAGCGUGUCACUCUUCCCCUCGAGGCUGCUCUUGCCCAGUCUGGCUUGGCCAAGCACCAGAUCCACUCGAUCGAGAUGGUCGGUGGUUCUUCGCGUGUCCCCGCCCUCAAGGAGCGCAUUGCUGACUUCUUCGGCAAGUCUCUUUCCUUCACCUCGAACCAGGACGAGGCUGUGGCUCGUGGUUGCACCCUCUCCUGUGCCGUCCUCUCUCCCGUCUUCAAGGUCCGUGACUUUACCAUCCACGAUGCCACUCCUUACUCCAUCAAGGUCACUUGGGACAAGGCUGCCGAUGUCCCCGAUGAGGACACGGAGCUUGUUGUCUUCCAGCCCAACAACCCCAUCCCUUCCACCAAGAUCCUCACCUUCUAUCGCAAGGACAACUUUGACCUCGAGGCACACUACGCCGCUCCCGAUCAGAUCCCUCAGGGCAUUAACCCUUGGAUCGGCAAGUUCUCCAUCAAAGGUGUUACCCCUAACGCUGACGGUGACCACUCUAUCGUCAAGGUCAAGGCUCGUCUCAAUCUCCACGGUGUUCUCAACUUCGAGUCCGCCUACACUGUUGAGGAGGUCGAGAAGGAGGAAGAGGUUCCCCUUACCGACCCCGCUGCUAUGGAGACCGACGGUGACAACAAAGAUGCUGCCGCUCUCAAGACCGAGAUCCGCAAGGUCAAGAAGCUUCAGCGCAAGGCUGAUCUCACCAUCGUCUCCGGCUUCACAGGUGGCAAGGAUGCCGCUCUCGUUGCCGAGAUGAAGGAGGUCGAAGGUCAGCUCUACUCGAACGACAAGCUUGUCAUCGACACCGAAGACCGCAAAAACGCGUUGGAGGAGAUGAUUUACGACCAGCGAUCCAAGCUUGACGAUCGAUACAAGCUUUUCAUUACUCCUGAAGAAAAGGACAAGUAUCUCGCUGCUCUUAACGCACAGGAGGAGUGGCUCUACUCGGAAGAAGGUGAGGAUGCCAACAAGUCUGCCUACGUCGAGAGAAUCGAUGCUUUGCAGAAGAUCGGCGGUCCGAUUCAAUUCCGAUACAGCGAAUUCCAGGAUCGUCCCAAAGCAGCUUCCGCGCUGAGGGAGGCGAUUAACAAGUACAUGGAGAUGGCUCAGAGUGGUGAUGACGCUUACAGUCACAUUUCCCAGGAGGACAAGCAGAAGGUGAUUGAAAAAUGUGCUACCGUGGCGAAAUGGUUGGAUGAUGGACUUUACAAGCAGAGCGAAUUGCCUAAGAAUGCCGAUCCUAAGAUUUUGAGCAGUGAUAUGCUCAAGAAGAAGGAUGAGGUGAUUUACUUCUGCCAUCCUAUGUACGUAUCCCCUAGACCCCCUAUUCCUAUUCCCUCCUCGACGACCAAGACUACCAAUACUGCGGCCAGUAGUAGCAACACGAGGAGUAGGAGUACCAGCAUCCCCACUACUGCCACUACUUCCACUGCUAUUGCUACUGGUGGUGUAGGAGUUAGUGGAGGAAGCGAAAUGGAAACGCAACCCAGUAGUGAAGGCUUGUGUUUAACCAACGUUUCGUCUACUCCUGCUUCAGCGUUGGAUUUGCCCAGCGAAUUGAGCGAUUUUGACGCUGAUCCUGGGCCGUCGGCUCAAAUGGCUCUGUCCACCGAGGAGGAUUUCGAGGAUGACGAGGAAGAAGAUGGUGAAGUCGACAUUCCUACCAUUCCCGCAGCGGUGAUGGCGAAUGAUCGCAUAAGACCCAGAUCAGAAACUCCAUCUGCCUCGGGAACUGAAAAACUGACACCCAUCUCCACCUUUCCUUUCUCCUACUCCCUUCCAAUCCCUUGGUCCGCGACACGAACUUCGAACAGCAUGAGCAAGGUCAAGCCUCGCGUCGAUACAACUUCAGCUCCCACACCUGCCAAGGACGAAAAGAAGGACGAAAAGUCCACCGAGGCUGAGGCUCACAAGAACGCCGAGGAUGACAAGGCUGAUGGUCCUGGCGAGAUGGACGUUGACUAA